ACAGCUCCAAGGUGGUCGGUUAAUACAGUUAUCCUUUGGACACAAUUUUAAUCAAGUGAGUCAAUUCAUUACAUCUCAAGACGUCUACAAAGUCUCAACAUGUUUAACGUGUCGCCCGUCUUAGUUCUUCUGGCUAUUGCAUUCCACUCGGGUGUAAUAACCAAGUCACCCGACAAACCGUCCGGUCCAAACUGCCAGACGUUUUCUGAAGGAGUCGAGUUCAAUGACACCGACGCAGUCGGUGCAUGGCACCUCCUGCAUUUCAGGACUGAGAAAACUAAAGGAUCCGGCGACCCGCACUGUGUGGAGUUUAUGCCUAUAGAUGUAAAGGAAAGGAAUAGAUUACAAAAAGAUGUUGGAAAGUUUGUAGAGAACCUCGAUUGGGAGACGCUGACCUUGAAAAUGACGAUCCCUUGUAAAACCGAGGAGUCUAAUAAAACGAGGUCCUACUAUCUGGAGAGGCUCGAAGAUAACGGAUCUUACAGAACGCUGCAAUUGCCUAUAUAUUCAGUGAAAUUUGACUUCGCGGCCUUCCAUCGGUACCCUAUGCGACUGAAGCUCAUCGAGGGCGAGUACCUGGGUAUAAUGGACUGUCACGAGAAGUUCGUCUUCAUCAUGGGCAAGGACCAGCCCAAAGGCAAAGAGACGGACGAACGCCUCAAGAAGAUGAUUGAGACUUACUGGCCAGAGGAAUGAAGCUGGUUCAUUUGCAAUUAUAUAUUUUUAACUUUAAAUAUAUACAAUACUGGACAUAUCUUACCUACACGGAUUUUAUUAUCUUGUAAAUACGAACCAACACACAUCAAAGUUUCAUUUAUACUGCAUUCUUCGGUGAUUUAAGAACUUGGUAUGCGGGUAGCUGCUUUCCGAAGUAAUUAUUUCGUCGACUGUUAUUAUUUAUCAACUAAGCUUUUUAAUUGAGGUAAGUAAGGUUUACAAUCUAUAUCGUAGUGGGGUAGGUAGCAGCGUCGGGAUUUAGGAACUUUUUGACUGAAAAAAGCGGGAUUCUUUCAUCGAAAGCGGGACAUCGUAAAAAUUGUAUAUAAUCAGAAGUAAUAUUGAAUAUUAACUGUUUAUUUGAGUUCAAAUUACGUUUAGCUAAGUGACAAUAGAUAUCCAUUGUAAAUUGUAUUUUAUGUAUUUAUUUUAAUAAAAUUAUGAUGAAAUAUUGUAAUCAAAA